GGCAACCCUAAGUCCCCGGAUUCUCGCCUCAUGGCGACCCCCUCUCUAGAAAGUGACGCAUGCUCGGUUACGCUGUGUGACGGCUUGCUAAGCAAUCGCUAAGUCAAGAAGAAAAGAAAAAAGAAUAUUAAAAAAAAGAAGAAAACGCUAAGAGAGGGGAGGGUGGAAAAUUCAACCGUUGGUUGUGAGCGAUAAGUUUUGUUUACGUCGUGUGCACUCUACGAGUCGUAUGACGUGCAGAGUGGUGUCGUUUGCGCCGGCGCAUUACGAUCAACGUGGAAAAUUAUUUUGAAUUGUAAUUUAUUUCGAAAAAAAAAAAAAUUAGAGCGGUUUUUUAAGAAUCACGUACAGACUAAGGGCGAAUGCAACGAAAGAAUGCCUGAAAGUAUGUAAUUAUUAUGCUAAAUAUUUUUAAAAUUUGCCAUUGGACUGACGCAACGGAAUUAAAAGUACCAUUUUAUUUUGCAAGACGUAAGCAUUGAAAUGCAAACAUUUGUUCUGUGUUUUUGCAUCGUAACGAUCAUUCAUCUACAAUUUUGCACCAUGGAUUUUAACUUGCAUUGCAUCUGAUUGGAAAUUUUUAAAAACAUUUCAUUUUCGUCAUCUUACUAAGUGAAGACAUUUCGUGGAAUUUAUAUUUUUUUUACUUAACUGAUGAUGAUUGCGGAACGUAUAGAGGGGACAUUUUUUAUAUCGUUUGCAGAAGAUUUAUGAUACUUUUGUAUUUUAUUCUAAAGAAAAAAGAUUGAUAAAUGGUUGCAGCACCUUUUAUCUGUAGAAUAUAACUUAUUUUUUAUUUUAUUUCAAAUUGCAAUUUAAAAAAAAUUGAAGAUUGUGUUCAUAAAACUGUUUUUAAGCUGUGUAUCAGGUAUAAUUGUUUUCCGAAUAAUAGUAUCAUUUGUUCGAAGAUACUGAUAAUAUUUAUUUAUGAUAGUAAUUUAUAAGAAAUAAAUCUGGAAUCGUUUAAGAAUAAAAGGUUAAGAAAGAAACGGUCAUGUGUUUUCGUGAAAUUAAGUGGUAAUUUCUGGACGAUGAGUGGUAAGAGACGAACUGCGUGCCCUAAGACUGGUGACGAAAAGGAAGCGGGAGAUACAAAUUCUCCGGAUACUUCAUUGCCACCUCCUCUCAGUUCCAUUCCUCAGUCACCAACUUGCCGAAAAAUAUUCUUUGACGAAAAUUUCAAAGUCACACCUUUUCCCGAGGCAUCAGAAGAAGUAAUAGAACAACAGAAACAGAAAUGGAACUUUGAUUUUCAAACAGAAACACCCUUGCCGGGGCGUUACCUCUGGUUGAGAACUGAAGGAAGCAGUGGUUAUUACAAAAAUGGAAAGGGAGCGCCCUUAGAUAAUCCUCCCCGGCGAGGUGAAGGCCAAAGGAGAGCUUCUAAACGAUCACAUCAGAGUGAAGAAGGGGUGGAAGAUAGUAGGACGAAGAAGAAAGAUUCAGAAUCUGGGAUUUCAUGUGAUACAGCGCUCAACGAAUCCCAGGAAUCCGGGGAAUCCCUUCGAUUCAGCGACACCCCUCUCGGCAUUGACUUGACGUAAAAAAAUCAUAAUUUAAAGAAGUCCUAUUCAUUUUGCCAAUAGAUGGCAGCAUCUGCAAUACCAUUGUUUUUUAACAUCAUUAGAGGAGCACGCACAUUUUUGGUCAAAAAUGUUUGUUAAUUUUUUUUUUUUUAUAUAUAGAUAUAAUUUUUUUAAAAAUUGAUUUUUUAUUGAAACUUUGUUUAAAUGUUAUUGUAAAACAGAGAAAGAGCUGUAAUUCAAUGAUAUUUUAUUUCCCUGAGUUUAUUGCAAGGAAUAGUAAUUUCUGUAAUCGAAAUGUUUAAAGGAUCUAUGUAAGUGUGAGUAAAAUAUAUUAUAUCGAUAUUUAUAAGUAAUUUUUUACUUAAUAAAGCUUCACUUUCAGCGAU